AUGGGCGCGGAGCCGCGGCCCGUGCUGCUGCGCCACCUGCUGCGCUGCUUCCAGCGGCUGCAGCAGCAGCAGCUGCCGCAGGGGCUGCGGGGAGUCGAAUGGCUGGACAUUUUGCCCCUGGCUCCUGCGCGGCUGCAGCGGGACUUGCUGGCAGCAGCAGCAGCAGGCUUGAUGCGGGAGCGGGGGCUGGGGCUGGAGGCUGCGGUGCCGCUGCUGCUGCAGCAGCAGCAGCAGCAGCUCGCCGCCACCCGCAAGAAAGACGCAGCCAGGCUGCUGCGCGCUGCGCUGCCGCUGCAGCAGCAGCAAACCCUCCACGACCAAGUCCAGGCCAAGGCUGCUGCCAGGGGCUGGAGUCUCAAGAAGCAGCGCCGGAAGCUGCGGCGGGCCAUUCGAAGAGCAGCAGCAGCAGAGCUGCAGCGCCUCAAGACACGGCUUGCUGCUGUCAGGGAGGCGCCCCUCAACGCGCCCCCCAAGGGCGUGCAGCACCAGCUCCGGGAUCAGGCCAGGCCCCCCGCGAUCGAGGACUGCAGCAGCAGCAGCAGCAGCAGCAGCAGCAGCAGCAGCAGCAGCCUGCUGGCACUUGAACAGGGGGGAACGGUCGGAGCCACUGCUGCGCUGCUCGACACGCCCUUCACAGCCUCCGAGCUGCCUCUGGCGGAAGCAGCGGAGAAGCGAGACGCGCAGCAGCAGACGCGUGCAGCUGCUGCUGCUGCAGCAGCAGCAGCAGCAGCAGCAGCAGCGGAAGCUGCAGCGGGGGAGGCCGAGGGCGACGAGAACGAGGCCGGGAGCAGCAAACUGCUGCAGCAAAGCGACGGAAGCGCGAAGAAGAGAAAAAGAAGCAGCAAGAAGCAGCAGCAAAAGGAGCUGCUGCUGCUGCCUUCCUCCAGUGCUUCCGAAAGUGAACAGGAAGCGGCGGUGCUUCCUGCAGCAAAAGAAAAACAAAAAGUCAAAAACAAAAACAAAUCCAAUUUUGAAUUCAAAGAAAAAGACAAAAAGAAACAGAAAGUGAAAGAGCCGGAGGAGCUGCAGGCGGAGGUUUCCGAAUCGCCGCAGAAGAAAAAGAAGAAAAAAAGAAAAGAAUGCGACGAAGAGCCCACUUGA